AUGCUCUCCCGCUCACUAUCGACGCUCUCGCCCAACAAUUCGAGUCCGUGCGACAGUCCGACCCAACCGCACAGUCCCACCGCCUCCAAACAAUGCUCUAACAAUUCCCCCAUCAAGCCCUCCUUCCCCCCCCACCAGUCCACCAGCAACAACGCCGCCGCCAGAUCCAACUUUGAGAUGACGUCGUUCAAGGACGCGCCGCCGCCCCUUCCGUCGGCCAACAGAACGCUGCGAAGUCGCCACUUUAGUUUCAACGAGUACCCCCACGUAUCGCCCCCCAAGCUACCAUCCUCCUCGUCAUCUUUCUACGCCGUGCCGCCAUCUCGGUACUAUUACUCGUCGGAGGGCAGCGCCGUGGCGAAAAAGCAGUCGCCGCCAGGGCCUGAUAAACUCGAACGAACGGUGUACCAGACAUAA